GGGUCCUGCCCAGCAUCGCCCCCGCUCUCCUAGACUCCCUGGCUAGCACAUCCCCAUCCCGCACCCCAUCCACGCCCGCAGCGGACUUCGCCCCAGCCGGGCCCUCUAACCCCGGAGAGAUCGGAAUCCGGGUUCUCGGACUAUAUAUGCGGGUCUGGCGAGAAGGCAGAAGCAGAAGUCCGGAGGCAGCGAACGCCGCAGCAAGGUUUCACAAUCGGCAGAAUUCCCACCAAGCAACUUUCCUCCACUUUCGCCUGUGAGUCAUGGUAGCACCUAUGAAGGGCCAAGUGUGUGUGGUAACUGGUGCCUCCAGGGGUAUUGGCCGCGGCAUUGCCUUGCAGCUCUGCCAGGCAGGUGCCACUGUGUACAUUACCGGCCGCCAUCUGGACACGCUUCGGUCGACUGCCCAGGAGGCACAGUCCCUCGGGGGCCGGUGUGUACCUGUGGUAUGUGAUUCAAGCAAGGAGAGUGAUGUGAAAAGCUUGUUUGAGCAAGUAAAUCGGGAACAGCAGGGGCGGCUAGAUGUGCUGGUUAAUAACGCCUAUGCUGGUGUCCAGGCGAUCCUGAACACCAACAAUAAACCAUUCUGGGAAGUCCCUGCCUCCAUUUGGGACGAUAUCAACAACGUCGGACUCAGAGGCCACUACUUGUGCUCAGUGUAUGGGGCUCAGAUGAUGGUACCAGCUGGCCGGGGACUCAUUGUGGUCAUCUCCUCCCCUGGGGGGCUGCGGCAUAUAUUCAAUGUUCCCUAUGGUGUGGGCAAAGCUGCGUGUGACAGACUGGCUGCUGACUGUGCCCAUGAGCUACGGCGCCAUGGAGUCAGCUACGUAUCUCUGUGGCCAGGGAUGGUGCAGACAGAACUGCUGAAGGGGUUUAUGUUGAAGGAGGAACGACCUGAAGAUCCUGUGUUUAAGCAGAUCAAAUCAAAUUUCUCAUCAGCAGAAAGCACAGAAAUGAGUGGCAAGUGUGUGGUGGCCUUGGCAACAGACCCCAAUAUCCUGAGCUUGAGCGGGAAGGUGCUGCCGUCCUGUGACCUUGCUCGACGCUAUGGCCUUCAGGAUGUAGAUGGCCGCCCUGUCAAAGACUAUUUUUCUUUGGGCUCUGUUCUCUCACAUGUCUCCAACCUGGGAUGGUUGGCCGCCUACUUGCCCGGCUUCCUCCGUGUACCCAAGUGGAUUAUCACCCUCUAUACCAGCAAAUUCUAACUGCCUGGCCUAAUCGCCCAGGUCUGCUGAGAGCAUCCUCAUUCAGGCUCAAGUGGCUGGGCUUGUCUUGGGAACAGAGAGAGCAGCCUUUCUCGCCCACCCAUUCCCUCAGUAUGAAGAGAAGGCCUCUGCUGGGCAUCUGUAGUGAGUCCUGGGGGCCCUGUUAUGUUUGCCUUGUGCCUUUUCCCUGUCCCUACAUUUUAAUUUUUUUGCUUCAUUAUUGAAAAACGUUAAUAAACAGAAGCUAAUAAAGGUCUCAUUUCACCUCC